AUGCUCGCCGACCAGACGGCGCUCUCGCCGACCGGCUCCGAGACUCUGGACGUGGGCGGCUGGCAGGUCGUCGUCACCGACGGGCACGCGGUGCUGCCCGAGGGCAUGACGCACCUGCCGGACAAGGCGUUCCAGGACCGCACCACUCUCGUCUCGGUCGCCUUCCCGCGCAGCCUUGCCUCCAUCGGCAGCAGCGCCUUCGAGGGCUGCUCCUCGCUCUCCUCCAUCGACCUCCCUGCCGGCCUCACCGCCAUCAACAACCACGCCUUCCGCCGCUGCUCCGCCCUCCCCUCCGUCACCCUCCCCGCCGGCCUCACCUCCAUCGGCAUGGGCGCCUUCGCCCACUGCCCCUUCAUCACCACCGUCACCUUCCCCGCCGGCCUCACCUCCAUCGGCCCCAGCGCCUUCCACCUCUGCUCCUCUCUCACCCACGUCACCCUCCCCGCCGGUCUCACCUUCAUCGGCGAGGCCGCCUUCUUCCGCUGCUCCUCUCUCACCCGUGUCGCCUUCCCUGCCGGCCUCACUUCCAUCAGCUGCGCUGUCUUUUCCGGCUGCUCCGCCCUCGCCCGCGUCAUCCUCCCCGCCGGUCUCACCUCCAUCGGCGACUGCGCCUUCGACGCCUGCGAGGCCCUCGGCUCCGUCACCCUCCCCGCCAGCCUUACCUCCAUCGGCGAAGCCGCCUUCGAAGGCUGCCCCUCGCUCGCCUCCGUCACCGUGCCAACCACCUCCGAGAUCGGCGACGCGGCCUUCGACCCCACGACUACCGUCGUCCGCCUCUCGCCUGCGAGCAUGUGCGCGCAGGCUAGGGCGGCGGAGGCGGCGGCAAGAGAGGCCGAGAUGGCGGAGGCGGCGGCGGCGGCGGAUCGGAACGCGGAAGCGCUUCUGGCGGAUGAGGAGGCGGAGAAGGAGGCGGAGCAGCGCGCCAAGGAGCGCAAGGCCAACCAGAAGAAGAAGAAGAAGAAGGGCAGCGGCGGAGGGAGCGGCGCUGGGCCGUCGCAGGAGCCGGAAGGCGAGGAGGCGGAGGCGGUUGCGGCGGCGGAGGGGGGGGCGAUGGCGGCGGAGGAGGAGGCGGAGCUGGCGGCAGCGCUCCAGGAGAGCGCGAGGCUGGAGGCGGAGAGGCGGGUGGCGGAGGAGCAGCCGCCCCAGCCGGAGGCGCCGCCGAGAGAGGAGGAGGAGCCGCCCAAGCCAGAGGCGCCGCCGAGGGAGGAGGAGCCGCCGCCGGCCGACUUCAUCUGCCCCAUCACGACCGAGGUGAUGAGCGACCCGGUGAUGGCGACGGACGGCCAUUCCUACGAGCGGAAGCAGAUCGAGCGCUGGCUCGCCACCAAGUCGACGAGCCCGAUGACGGGCGAGGCGCUCGAGCAUAGCAUCCUCACCCCAAACCACGCGCUGCGCGGGCGGAUUCGAGAGUGGCAAGAGGCGCAUCGUGGGCGAGCCUCGAGCGCGCUCAUCUCGAUCGUCAAGGCGUCGCUACGCGCGGUCUUCCGCGGGGGGAGCUUCGUCGACGGGUGCGGGACCGCGGCGCAGUCAGCGCUCACCGUCGAGCGGGCGCGGGCGCUGCUGCGCGGCGGCGCGGCCUCUUCGGCCGGCGAGCCUUCUGCCCUCGAGCGGGCGCGCGUCCUCUGCUCGUGGAGCGAGUCGGAUCCGACCGCUGCGGCUGCCGGCUCCACCGUCGCGAUCCACUCUCUCGUCUCGCGGCCCUCGAUGAACGGCAAGGUCGGCGUCGUCGUCUCCGCAAGCGCUUCGACGGCCCGCUUCGGUGUGCGCGUGGCGGGCGAGGCCAAGGCACUCGCACUGAGGCGCGCACUGCAAUGGCCUCUCCCCGACUCGCCGGAUCCUCUCUUUGACACACCUCUGCCCUCCCUCAGGCCGGCCAACCUGCAGCCAGCGGCCGAGGCGGUGGAGGUGGGCAGGCUGGUCCUCAAGGCGGAGGAGUGGUCGCCGCAGUCGCACGAGCUCUUCCCAGAGGCGGCUCGCAAGCGGGCGGUCGAGGUGAUGCGGCUGGGCUACCUGAUCGCGUGGGACGAGGAGCGCUUCGACAGCCGCGAGGGAGCGGCUCCAGAGCUGGCGGACGUCUGGCGCGGCUUUGUGUUGCCAAGGGCGGUGGUGCGAUGA